GAGAGAGAGAGAGGAGGAUUUUUGCCGCUUUUGCGUUUGGGUUUGGGGGGGUUUUUAAAAGGUUUUUCCUCACACCACCGAAAAACGAAACUGGUCUUCCCUUCCAAUCACACCCUCUGAUUCCUCCUCCAAAUCUCCGACCACCGUCUGUCAACCACUCCCUCAACGGCGCCGUUUCGGCGUUUCCUUCCUCUUCCUCCUGUCAUUUCCUUCUCUCUUCUCCUCCCCCAAUCUUGCCUCCGUUGAUCUCAUGGCCCGUCUCCUCUGUUCGGCGCUGCCGAACAACGUCGUCUUCCGCGAGGAUCGACCCUGCCCUUCGCCGCCCUCGCCGUCAUUGCCGACCACCAACCCCGAUCCCUCCGUCAUAGCCACCGAAUCUUGGGCCGGAGCCGAGGAGGCAACCCAGGAGAUAGUCUCAAAGAUUCAGCCCACUCUGGCGGCCCACCAGACGAGGAAGGAGGUCAUUCAAUAUGUGCAGAACCUCAUCACAUGUAACGUCGGGUGUCAGGUUUUUCCUUAUGGGUCAGUUCCUUUGAAAACGUAUCUGCCUGAUGGCGAUAUUGAUAUGACGGUAUUUGGCAGUGCAAACAUUGAUGAAGUCUUUGCAACUGAUGUGUAUGCAAUUAUGAAAGGCGAGGAGAAUAACGAAGCUAGUCCAUUUCAUGUGAAGGAUGUACAUUACAUUGAUGCCGAGGUUAAGCUUGUGAAGUGCAUUAUACAAAAUAUAGUUGUAGAUAUAUCCUCCAAUCAGUUAGGAGGAUUUAGUACACUGCACUUUCUUGAACAGGUUGAUAAUUAUAUUGGCAAAAAUCAUCUGUUCAAGCGGAGUAUUAUUCUGGCAAAAGCCUGGUGCUACUAUGAGAGUCGUAUUCUUGGGGCCCAUCAUGGUUUGAUUUCAACAUAUGCUUUGGAAACAUUAAUCCUAUAUGUUUUCCAUUUUUUUCAUUCGUCACUGGAUGGCCCUCUGGCAGUCCUUUAUAGAUUUUUGGAUUACUUCAGCAAAUUUGACUGGGAGAACUACUGUAUAAGUUUAAAUGGACCAGUAUGCAAAUCGUCCCUGCCUGAUAUAGUGGUUGAGGCACCAGAAAAUGGGAGAGAUGAUCUACUGCUGAGUGAAGAGUUUAUUAGAAAUUGUGUGGAAAUGUUCUCUGUUCCAUCAAAGGGGCAUGAGACAAACUUGCGAGCUUUUCCCCUGAAGCAUCUUAAUAUAAUAGAUCCGCUAAAACAGAACAACAACCUUGGGCGUAGUGUCAGCAGAAGUAACUUCUAUCGAAUAUGCAGUGCUUUUAAAUAUGGAGCUCGCAAGCUCAGUUGGAUUCUUUCGUUACCAGGGGAAUGCAUAGCAGAUGAGCUGCCCAAGUUUUUUGCAAACACUUUGGAUAGGCGUGGAAGCAAUGGUCAGACAAAUGUGCACAAUAAUGCGUUGUCUGGGGGUUCUGAAGCUUUGAACAUUUUGUUGGAGCUUGGUGGAGAUUUUGACAGUCAUGGAAUGAACCUGCAAUAUGGUCCCUUUUUCCCUGGAUCUGCUACAUCACCUCCUUUGUUGCCCAGUCCUCCCUUGUCACCUCAGCCAUGGAAAGAGAACCCAUGGGGAGGUACGUCUGAAGCCCUUCAGUUCCAUCAGCAUAUUAAUUCUCAAACUAACAUAAAUGGUGUUGAUUGGGGAGUACAUGCGUACCAAGCAAAUGAUUCCAUUAUCUCCGUUGCUGCUUUCAGAGGAGAAAAAAGGAAACCCCGAGGGACUGGAACCUACAUCCCCAAUGCGUCUUUUCAGUGUUACCGUCCCUUUAAGGAUAGGUUGCCUGGGAGGGGAAGGAAACAGGCACCAGGAACUUGUUUUCGAUUUCAGAGACACGCCUUUGGUUAUGGCUUCACUGUAGCUCCUCAAGAGUCAAUCUCCCCUAAAGAAUGCAGCCGAGAGCUCUCAGAAGUGGAGUACCCAAUUCUAGGUCAUGGAAACUCUGCGACAUUAGAUUACCAUCAACCUCACAUGCCUCUUUGGAAAUCAUUUCAUGGCAACAGUUUCUCCAACUUGCCAGCGAAACUCGAAUCUAGAUCCUCAUCCCCUCAGUUAUGGGAGGAGGCACCCAUGCCGGAAUUGGACCAUCAAGCAGAGUUUUUUGGAGCCGAUGAGGAAAGGAUUGAAGAACAAUCAAACCUUUUGAAAAAUGAAGAUCAGGCAUUCCACCUGAAAAAUGAAGAUGAUUUUCCGCCGCUCAACUCUCGAGUGCCGUUGAAGGAAGGAUUAUGCGUUGGACAAUGAAGACACUAGACUGAGCUUCCGGGAAGACUUGUCCCCCUCACCUUCGAUCUCCUUGGGACCUCCGUUGUUAGUUGUUUCGAUAUAGCAUACACAUAUUGUACAUUCUGGUUCGUUUUUGUAGUUACAUAUCUACGCGCACAGUCGUGCGCUUUCAUUGGAAGGGGUGGAUGAUGUAUAUACGGGGUAAAGUUGGCCCCUCGGCUUGUCAUUCCCUCCCAAAGUUUCUAGUUUUAAACACAUGAUGAAAUCUAUAAAUGUAACUAGGAAAGUUUUGGUUAUGUGGAUUUUUUUUGGUCGAAUGUUAUUUUGAAUCGAUGAAAGUUAAUUGCAGUGAAGUUGAGUUUAUUUU